CGGAGCGUCUCCCCCGCGCGCCGGCCUCAGUGGUGCGGCCCAAGGCGGAAGCGGCGCCGGCGCGGAACCCGCUCUGCUGCAGCGAUGGCUGCCGGUGUUCCUUGUGCGCUGGUCACCAGCUGCUCCGCCACCUUCACCGGGGACCGGCUGGUGCAACAUAUCCUUGGAACAGAAGAUGCUGUUGUGGAAGCGACUUCCAGCGAUGCUGUGAGGUUUUACCCCUGGACCAUCGAUAACAAGUACUACUCUGCAGAGGUCAACCUGUGUGUGGUGCCAAGCAAGUGCCGGGUCACUGCCGAGAUCGCAGAGGCAGUCCAGGCGUUUGUAGUUUACUUUGAUAGCACACAGAAAUCAGGUCUUGACAGCGUCUCCUCGUGGCUUCCUCUGGCAGAAACAUGGCUGCCUGAGGUGAUGAUCCUGGUCUGUGAUAGAGUGUGUGAAGAUGGAAUAAACCGACAACAGGCUCAAGAGUGGUGCAUCAAACAUGGCUUUGAGCUGGUGGAGCUCUGCCCAGAGGAGCUACCUGAGGAGGACGAUGACUUCCCUGAAUCUACAGGCGUAAAGCGGAUUGUACAAGCAUUGAAUGCCAAUGUCUGGUCCAAUGUCGUGAUGAAGAAUGACAGGAGCCAGGGCUUCAGCCUUCUCAACUCACUGGCUGGAGCAAGCCGCAGCGUUGGAUCAGCAGAGAGCUGUCAGUGUGAGCAGGAGCCAUCACCAACAGCUGAGAGGACAGAGUCCCUCCCCGGGCAUCGCAGUGGCGCGUGUGGCCCAGCAGGUGCACAGGUUGACAGCAUUGUUGACCCCAUGUUAGACCUGGAUAUUCAAGAAUUAGCCAGUCUUACCACUGGAGGAGGGGAUCUGGAGAACUUUGAGAGACUCUUUUCAAAGUUAAAAGAAAUGAAAGACAAGGCUGCGACGCUUCCUCAUGAGCAAAGAAAGUUGCAUGCAGAAAAGGUGAGAAGACCAGCAGGUAUUUACCACCUAUCAGAGGCCUUAGCUGUGACGUGUGCUGCCCCACAGGGCCUUAGUGUGAGUGUUGCACUAGGCUCUGCAGCCAGCUGGGUGUGAAUUGUACAAGAGUAACACAGUUGCUACAGUCAGACUGAGAUAUCUUCAGUGUAUGGUAUGUGACUGGAUACCUUCACAGAGGUAUCAUGCUUGCCUUCCAGUUAGGCCCAGAAACUUUUAGCUGUUUUGUUUGUUCAUUACCAGAGCAGCACAUGUUCUUGGCAGGAAGCGGACACGAUUGGUGGUUGACAUCUCCUUUUAUGAACUGUGUCAUCAUUGAUUUCUCAGUUCCUUUCUAGACAGUGAGCCUGGACAGAGAGCUACGCACUCGCUGGUGGUUUUGGUUCUGUCAGUCAUGAAGCUGAACAUGAACAUAUCCCCACCCUUCACACUAGUGUACAACUCUGAUUGCAUCCAGAAGGCUGGGUCGGAGCUGCUCGGGGAUUUUGAUGUGUGUUUUUGGAGGGGAAAAGUGUAGAGCUGUAGACCUUAGUCAGUUUGGGUGUAGCAUAUGAGGUUGUUACUAACUAAUCUGACCUUUGUCACAUGCUUCCCUCCAUAGGUGGCCAAAGCCUUCUGGAUGGCAAUAGGGGGAGACCGAGAUGAGAUCGAGGGCCUUUCUUCUGAUGACGAGCACUAAGUUCUGCCUGCUAGGUUUGACUGACACCGAUGAUGCCAGCACUGUGCGUCCCAAGUGCUUCCCUUCUCAACCGGGUUCUGUUCUGCCAAGACUGCCGUUUGCACGCUGGCCACCUGACUGGUUUUUGGGGUUCCCUUACCUGAGCUUUUAGAAAGGUGCUGGGGAGAAAUCUUUGUUCCUGCCACAUAAGUGACGGAAGAGUGAGAUGACAGUGGGGAAACCCUUCGGAUCUACAUUCUUUGUCUUAAGAACCAGGGUAAAAUGAGUCUCAGAGAUCUGUAAUACAGGAGAGCUGAGGCCGGCCUGCUUCUGUGCUGGAUAGCCAGUGUCCACACCAGCGGCUGAUUGGGAGCUUGUACUGUCUGCUGUGUACUGUCACUGGUCCCCACGGAGAGCACAGCUCUGACCUAAGGUGGAUGUUGACAAGGGGGGCAGCUGUAGAUCUAGUAUGUGCCUAGGGGUUAGGGGGACAGGCGGCUCAUGGGUUUGUCUCUUAGCAAGUCCUAUGGACAAUUUUAAGUUCAAUGUGUGAGUUCCUGUCACAAAGAAGUAAAAGUCAGAUGUAUAUGUAUAAGAAACAGAGGCAAAGGUUUCCUCCUCUGGGGAGCGUAAACUCUCCCCAACUGCUGGUCAUGUGUGGACCAGAGGAGCAGCAGUGUUGGUUCCAGCACUGCUGACACUGGCAACAGUGCUCUCUAACCGAGUGCUCUCCCUGGCUGCUUGAGGUUUCAGAGCAAGUGCCCCUUCUUUCUGCUUGGAAUCCAGAGAUUACUGUCAAAGCACCAGAACCGGGGUUGGGGAUUUAGCUCAGCGGUAGAGCGCUUGCCUAGCGAGUGCAAGGCCCUGGGUUCGGUCCCCAGCUCCAAAAAAAAAAUGGAAAAAAAAAAAAAAGCACCAGAACCAGCCUGUGGGGGAUAGGUGAGCCUUCCAACAACCAGGUCCUGAGCCACCACCAUGGGUUACUUCCAGGGCUGUUGGCUCCUCUACACUCCAGGGCCCAGUCCCAAGGAAACCCUGCCCUUCCUCCUGCGUUGUGUUUGAGUGGAUGAGCCCCAGGGGAGCACAAAGCAAAGUUUUACAGGAAGAGAGGAAAGUACAGCAAACAGGUUAAAGGUCCGUAUUCUGUCAUCACAGAUACCUCUGUGAGGCAGGCGUGAGUCUCCUUCAUGCUCGUCAGUUUCUAAGCAGGUGCAGCCAUGAUAGAUGGUAUUCAUUGUGGGCUGAGAGCCGAUCCUGCCCUAGUGUCAUCCGUGAGUUAGGCCAUGAUCAGAAACAAGGUGGACCUCCUUAGGUACCACGGACAGGGCCUGAAACGUGCUUAGCCAGGUCAGAACCACACAGGGAGAGACAUCCUGGUGCUGGUCGGAUUCUAGAACAGUGGGUGCUGGUUUGCCCCUGUGCUCCUACCCCACACUCUGAUCUUGCAGUCUUUGAGCUUGGGUUUACCACUACCCUUUGAGGGGCAUUAAUACUUCAAGGUGAGUGCAUUAGCUACUGGCUAAGAAGGAAAAUAAGGGAAGUUGACUGUGGGUUGCCAGAAAGGUAAAACAUGUUUUUCUUAAAAUGUGGAAGAUUUUAGAAAAUAUAUUAGGUCAAAUGAUUAGGAAACAGAUAGACUAGAAAAUGCUGUGGACUUGAUUUUGCUGACUAAACAAAACCAGGUAAUUAAAAGAUGAUUUAUUUACAAA